UAUGUGUUGGCACAUGUGAGAUCGUCUCAGUUCAUAUCUGGAGCGAGGCUGCUGUCAUUUGAGUCGUAGCCUCGUCCAGAGUGGGCCUGUUCUAAGCCAAGAGCGGUUACAUUCCAGACGAGACCCUCAGGGUAGAGUAACAGAUCGACGAAGGGUGGGGUUUGGAGUCAAGAUAACACAUCAAAUCGAUCAAGGUACUACAGGCGCAAGUUGUAAGUACGGGCCGAGCAAUGUUUAAGUUGCUCACAGAAUCAUUAAGUUUGCUGGUUACUGUCCACCGCGAGAUCAUUCACAGCGCUUGUGAUAGAUGAACAUCUAGUCGUGAAACGAAUCAUAGUAACUGACCCCUGACGACCCAUAACAGCCACCACCAAAGCGGCACAGUUCUGUUUCAAGUACACCACGUUCCCCCCCUAGACAAGGGGUUUCCAGUCCUUCGGCCUUCGUGCGGAUCAUUUCUAAAGAAGAUUACAGGUGCUAACAGAUCACUGAGAGGAGGGGUUAAGGUCUGAAGGCCUUCAUUUCGUCUGAGAGUGGCAGGCGUAACGGCAAGGCCAUAACUACAACUGGACGAGGUGUCAUUGCCUGUUCUUUGCUCUACGCCCAUGCAUUCUUUGUCGUCGUGCACGCCCUCGGAUACCACCUACCCUCUGACCUUGAUCUAACUUACUUAUCUCGUUGCUUAAGAGACCGCCGCUAUCACUUGGCUGAUCGAAUGCCAUCGACCUCUAUCACAUUGUCGCAAACCACAAUGUGGAAACGAAUGCAGCAGGGCAAGUCUGCGAAGCAUCAAAAUCAACCUAUCUCGCCUGGGAGCAAUGGAGGCGCCCUAGAAGGACCUCAGGAUUCUUUUCUCUCGCCCCAGGAUGGUAACUACGGGCGAGGCCUGCCAGCUCUGCCAAAUGAGUCUGAACAGCGACAAGGAGGCAAAUACCGACCAGAGUCAUCCGUAUACUCCCAGCACUCCCCACAAUAUCCAGCCCCCGCGACAUUCCAAGAACAAGUCUCGAGCUACGAGGAGCAAGUAGAGAUAUCCCCGCCCAGUUCACCAGAUAUCCCUCGAAGUGAAAUGGUCUCCCGAUCCUAUAACACACACCCAAGUGACGUCCCAGCCGCGCUAUCAGCGCACCCGGUCAAAAGCAGCAUCCCAGUUGCGCGACGCGAGAAGCGGCGGAACCAGGCACAGGCGACCACAGCGGGCCACCUUGCGCGGAGAGAGGAGCAAGCGGCUGCUGCUGCUGGGCUGAGAAAGACAAGUGGGACGCGAUGGGAUGAUUACUCGGGGGAGCCUAACGAUCAAGGACGGCCACCGUCCGUGCAACCGGGACAGUUCACGCCGGUAGUUACGAACCUAGAAGAUUCAUAUAAUGCAGCGCAGUCAGCUCCCAAGGUGCAGACAUCGUUUAGCGACCGAGUGCGGAAGCUGAAGGAUGGGAAUAAGUCAAACGGACCCAAGCCUGAGUGGAAGGGGUCUAGUGGGAGGAUGGCGAUCGUUCCGGCGCCUGAAGAUAACCCAUCCGCGCCGCCCUUGCAAAUCCCCAGAAAGAGCAGCAAGCGCGUGCCUUCCAACCCAUCACUGGCUGGUUCGAGAGUCACGUCCCCUUCUAAUGAGACUCCCGUUGUAUCACCAACCGCGCACGGUGGCCCGCAGUACUUCCUGAACACCACCUCGGAAGUUCCAGAACCACCACCACACGACGAACCCCCCUCGCCCUUAAACUCCCUCCCAUCACAACGAGUGCACGCGCGCCGACCUAUUGCGGCUCCAGCUACGCCCGAUAAAUCUACUCUACCACCAUCCGUCUCCACCAUCGAGCGCAACUUCCACGAAGCCCUCAAAGACGUCUCGAUCAGCAACCCCUCCAGCAGACCACAAGAAGUCUCCCGCUUCAGCGUCACCACCUACGCCCCCUCAACAACCACCACCAACACCUCCUCUCCCCGCCCCAGCACCGACUCCGUCCCCCCCCUCCCAGAGCCCUACCAAUACACCAGCUCCGUCCCCGCGCACUCCCCCAUCCUCAACCGCCGCCGCCCCGUCGGCGCACCAAACUACACAUUCGACCGCACCACCGGUGCGCUCCGCCACCCUCCCUCGGGAGAGCCAAAAUUCAUCAGCAUGUCUCACCGCGCGUCACUCUCCAAAGCUCUCCCCAAGUCCCCUGAAGAGGGCGCAGCGCUCGAUAAAGUCGCGUUGCUGCAGGCGCAGCUCGAUGACCUCGCGAGGCAGAGGAGUAACAUCGAUUCUUCGAUUCGGCGGAUGACGGAGCUGAUGCCGGGGGAGAUGACGGGAUUGGGGAGGGGGAUGAGCAGUGAGGCGAGGAUAGCGGAGAUGGCGAGGAGGGAGGAGGAGAAGAGGAGGGUGGAGGUGUUGAGGGGGGAUUUGGCGGGGGUGAGGAGGGAGGAGCAUGAGGUGGGGUUGAAGUUGCAUAGGGCGCUGAAGAAGGCGGAUGAGAGGGCGGUUUAUGAACCGAGUGGGUUGUGGGUUAGGAGGGUUACGGGGUGAGGUGGUGGUGGUGGUGGGUAACUGCUGUGCGUGUUUUUUUGGCAGUGGUGCUACGGUGAUGAGGGGGUGGUUUCGAGGAUGUGUUGAUACUGUGAGGGGGUGGGUUUCUCGGGCGUGUGUGUUCAAAUGCUGUAUAACAGGCACAUUGUACGAUAUGCAUGCAGCAUGGAUUUGAAACAAGGCUAUACGAUGGGGAUUUCUUGGGGGGGGUGGAGUGUGGAAGGGCGUUGGUCUAGCGCAAGAUACCUGCAGUUAUGUUUUUUGUUAGCCAUGAUUUUACUUGAGC